CCCCGAGCCGAGCGGUUUACGCAUUUUUCUGGCAACGACUGAAAAAUAAACAGUUACUCGUCAGUCCUCAACGCGUUCACCGAAAUCGCACAAACGACCGCGAUACCACCGGAUAAAUCUUGAAACCUGAAUGCAAUGCGACGAGUGAACAGACGUGUGAAUUAUCUGUGUUGGACUGCGACCAGCAGCGGCGGCUCGGUGCCAUGAGUCUGUAUGGGGCUGGGGCCAGUGGCGGGGAGAACGGGGCAGCUGAACAUUACAGAGAGCACCGGAGACGCUCCAGUGACCGCUCACGAGAAUCCUCCCAUGACAGAGGAGAAGGCCAGCUUACCCCCUGCAUCAGGAAUGUCACCUCCCCUACUCGGCAGCCUGACCGUGAGCGAGGUGACGGAGGUUCCUCUUCCAGAUCCUCCAGUCCGCGUCCUCCCAGAGUCUCUCUACCCUGCUCCCCGAUCGGAGGAGCCCUGAUGGGGGGACACAUCAUCCAGCCCCUGGGUCUCACUGGAGGGGAUCCUCACCCUAAGACCAUCGGCCUGAGCCACAGAUCAUGUGACAUGAUCUACGUGUAUGACCUCAGCACCAAAGAGGGGCCCCGUGGCGUGCUGCGGGCGGGAGAGAGAGUGACACUCAUUGUGGAUAAUACAAGAUUCGUGGUCGAUCCUGCAAUCUUCACAGCUCAGCCCAACACAAUGCUGGGCAGGAUGUUUGGUUCGGGGCGUGACUACAACUUCACACGGCCCAAUGAGAAGGGGGAGUUUGAGGUGGCUGACGGCAUCAGCUCCACUGUGUUUAGAGCUAUUCUGGAUUACUACAAGUCGGGGAUAAUCCGCUGCCCUGAUGGCGUUUCCAUUCCAGAGUUGAGGGAGGCAUGUGACUACCUCUGCAUCUCCUUCAACUACAACACCAUCAAGUGCAGAGAUCUCAGUGCCCUGAUGCAUGAGCUGUCCAACGAUGGGGCACGGCGUCAGUUUGAGUGCUACCUGGAGGAGAUGGUGCUGCCUCUGAUGGUGGCCAGUGCUCAGAGUGGAGAGAGGGAGUGUCACGUGGUGGUGCUCACCGACGACGAUGUGGUAGACUGGGACGAAGAAUACCCACCACAGAUGGGGGAGGAGUAUUCACAAAUCAUCUACAGCACCAAGUUGUACCGUUUCUUCAAGUACAUAGAGAACCGUGACGUGGCCAAAUCUGUGCUGAAGGACAGAGGGCUGAAAAAGAUCAGGCUAGGCAUAGAAGGUUACCCCACAUAUAAAGAGAAAGUGAAACGGCGUCCCGGAGGUCGUCCGGAAGUCAUAUACAACUAUGUCCAACGUCCCUUUAUCCGCAUGUCCUGGGAGAAGGAAGAGGGGAAAAGCCGUCACGUGGAUUUCCAGUGUGUUAAGUCCAAGUCUACCACCAACCUGGCUGCCGCCGCUGCAGACAUACCUCAGGAUCAGUUAGUGGUCAUGCAGCCACCAGGACCACAAGUGGAUGAGCUGGACACUCUGCCUGGGCACCAGCCUCAGCAGGGGCUGAACGACAGCCACCAACCAGCACAGGGGCAGGAGAACGUCAGCCACCAGCAAACACAGGGUCACGACGGUAUCAACCACCCGGCCCAACAAGGGCCUGACAGCAUCGGCCAUCAACCUGAACAUGGCCACGAUGCCAGCCACAGCCAACCGCAGGGGCAGGACAGCCCUGGCCAGCCCUCGCACAGCCAAGCUCAAAGUAACCAGCAGCAACACGGCAGCAACCCUACUCCACCCAACCACCCCGUCCAGUACACUUAUCACUAUGAGCCAGACCCCGACACACCAUCACCGUCUGUAUGAGGACAGUGGUCACCCACACCUAAAAUGAACAAGCUAAUGUCAACAGCCAAGGAUAGAUAAAGCACACACAGUAUAUACACUGGACCUCCUUAUUCACCUGUCUUCUUUUUUUUUAACCCGACCAAAGGAGAUUUUAUUUUGUUGCAGUCUUCUAUAUGCAUAAAAAGACACAAUUAAGUACUGUAGAUUACAUUAUCUUGACGUGAAUCAUAGAUAUAUGGUGUGUAGAGGCUUGACUGUUUGUAUGUGUGUGCGUCAAUGAGUGAUGCUGUUGUGUGAUACAGUACCUCACAUUGGGGAAUUUACUUUUGAUUACUCCACACAGUCUUGAGUAUUCACUUUUCCAGUGUUCAUAAAACAUUUUGACACAUCAAACAUAGACGGGUGUUAUCCCCCCUCCUCAACAACUCGGAAUGUCAAUUUUUUUUACCUCUUCUGUUCCUUAGAAAUCCACAAAGUUAUCCAUGCUGAUUGUUUAUGUUCUUAUUUGAAAAAAUCUGUCAGACACUGAGAAUUUUACCUGUUUCAGUCAAAACGUUCUGUGUAUCAAUAUAGGCCUACAGUUUGCCAUGUGUCACAUUUGACUGUACCACUGCACGCUUAGGAGCCUACUACUGGGUCCCUACCAGGCGUCAGAAUACUUGAUAAAGACACCCUUUUGGUAAUAAAA